CGUUGUCGUUCGACCUCUCCGUCUGCAAUCCGGCUCGGCAACUUGCCACCAUGCGCAGAAGCACGUUCUAUCUUGCCCGGCUCGCCCGCGGCGAUCGCAGCCUCCCUCUGCUGGCAGUUCGCCCACAUGCAAGCCCACAGACCUUCAAGAGCGUCUUCAAUACACUCAGUGCGUCGAGAUCGUUUGCCACGUCAGUGCCCAAACUCUCCGGCAGCUACACGGUGACAUACGUCUCUCCCGAAGGUGCACGAAAGACCGUCAAGGCCGUUGACGGCGACAAUCUGCUUGAGCUCGCACACAAGAACAACAUCGAUCUGGAAGGUGCCUGCGAAUGCUCCCUCGCUUGCUCGACAUGCCAUGUGAUUGUUGAUCCAGAAUACUAUGACAAGCUGGAGGAACCCACGGAUGAAGAGAACGAUAUGCUUGACCUCGCUUUUGGACUGACCGAUACGUCACGGCUGGGCUGCCAGGUCAUCAUGAACAAGGAUCUAGACGGCAUCACCGUCACCCUCCCGUCAGCAACCCGCAAUAUGCGGGUCGACGGAUCCAAGCCCACGCCGCACUAGGACGGUGUCGACCGCAACCGUCCACGAAUUACAUGUGCGCUGUUCGCUGUAAAUCACCGAUGCUGAAGCAGCCUCGAGCCAGUCCGGACUCGUGAUUGGCAGCAUUACCUCACCGUCUACGGGCUCAUGCUGGGCCACUGACGUGACCAAACGAUCGCCCAAUCCUUGCCUCUCAUCGCCUGUCGUCACUGAAUGUCCUCCAAUCAAGCUACGGCUUCAUUUUCACUGUGCCCACGGCGAUGAGAAUAGAUUCAUUCCGCACCAUAAACUAUCACCCCCG